AUGAAGCAGGAGGCUGAGCAGCUGAAGAAGCAGAUUGCGGAUGCCCGGAAAGCCUGUGCAGACACAACACUUGCUCAAAUUGUUGUCCAGUGUGGAGGUUGUUGGUCGCACCAGAUGCGGACCCGAAGAACCCUGCGUGGGCCUGCCAAGAUCUAUGCCAUGCACUGGUCCACAGACUCCAAACUUCUGGUCAGUGCCUCACAAGAUGGGAAACUGAUUGUGUGGGACACAUACACAACUAACAAGGUUCAUGCCAUCCCUUUGCGUUCUUCCUGGGUCAUGACCUGUGCCUAUGCCCCCUCGGGCAAUUUCGUGGCCUGUGGAGGCCUCGACAACAUGUGCUCCAUCUACAACCUCAAGACUCGUGAAGGCAACGUCAAAGUGAGCAGGGAGCUCUCAGCCCAUACAGGUUACCUCUCCUGCUGCCGAUUUCUUGAUGACAACAACAUUGUGACUAGCUCUGGAGAUACCACAUGCGCGCUCUGGGACAUUGAGACAGGGCAGCAGAAGACGGUGUUCCUGGGUCACACUGGUGACUGUAUGAGCUUGGCCGUCUCCCCAGACUUCAAACUCUUCAUCUCUGGAGCUUGCGAUGCUACAGCCAAACUGUGGGACGUGCGAGAGGGCACCUGCCGCCAGACCUUCUCAGGGCAUGAGUCUGAUAUCAACGCCAUCUGUUUCUUCCCUAACGGUGAAGCCAUCUGCACCGGCUCCGAUGAUGCCACCUGCCGCCUCUUUGACCUCCGAGCAGACCAGGAGCUCAUCGUGUACUCUCAUGAGAGCAUCAUCUGCGGGAUCACAUCCGUCUCCUUCUCUCGCAGCGGGCGCCUCUUGCUUGCUGGGUAUGAUGACUUCAACUGCAACAUCUGGGACUCCCUGAAAGCAGAGCGUGUGGGAAUCCUUUCUGGCCAUGACAACAGAGUGAGCUGCUUGGGGGUGACAGCAGAUGGCAUGGCUGUUGCCACUGGCUCCUGGGACAGCUUCCUCAAAAUUUGGAACUGA